GGGUUGUCGAGGAAGAAUACAGAGGAUAUAUAAAGAGCAACACAGAGCUUGUCUACGCCGAGAAUGCAGAAAGCCAAACGCCCCAAGUCCUUCUCUAGCUCCUCUGAACCCUUUUGGUUGUGAGCUCUACAAGAUAACAAGUGGUGUUGAGCGGCGAUGCAAGAGCAUACCGUCGACAUUGAAGAAAGAGAAGCUAUGACCUAUGAACCACCUUGUAUCUUUAGAGUGCAUGAAGAACUGCGUAAUGUAAAUACAAACGCAUACACACCUAGGCUAGUCUCCAUAGGGCCUUACCACCACGGUCAACCCAAACUACUUGCUAUGGAAAAACAUAAAGAACGUUAUUUGGAAUUAGUUCUUCAACGUACCCAUCAGACACAGAAGCAUUACUUGAAUUCCAUGAAAAUGUUAGAAGAAAGAGCUCGCAAGUACUAUGCAGACCCCAUUGACCUCGACAGUGACAAGUUCGUGAAGAUGAUGCUAUAUGAUGCUUGCUUUAUUGUUGAGUUUCUUGAUCUUGUGACUCAUUAUGACAGUGCUAAGUUUCAACGUCAACAAGGACAACAAUCACAAGAUGUGGGUCACGAUUACGACCCCAUUGUCAACACAUCAUGGAUGAAAGCACAUAUUUGCUGUGACUUGAUGCGGCUUGAAAACCAACUUCCAUUCUUUGUUAUAUUUAAAUUUUUUUCCAUCAGCACCGGGACCCAAAAUUCAAACCAAAAUCCUCCUUCUACCUUCAUCCCCAUGCAGUCGGUUACGUAUCCUUUCUGUCGGAUCAUGCCAAAAAAGUUCGACAUUUCCAUUAUCAGUUUUAAAGAUACAUCCGUCUCUGAAAGCAAGCACUUUCUUGACUUGUUGCAUAAUGUUUAUCGCCCCUCCUCCAGAGAAAAGUCAAAUGAAUGCCAAAACAAGAAUCAGAGAACUUCCUUUAUGAUGCCGUCUGUGAUAGAGCUUCGGGACGCUGGUAUCAAGUUCGAGGUUGUGGAGGAUGAUGAUAAGCCCAACCUCAGCAUAUUCGAUAUCCGCUUCGAACAUGGUCAUUUUAAAAUACCAAAGUUUGAGGUCGAUGAUUGGACAGAAACAUUCUUCCGUAACAUCAUUGCCUAUGAGCAACAUUCCUCAGAUGACAAACAACAAUAUUUCACCGAUUAUACAUACUUCAUGGGUCUACUUAUCAACUCCAAAGAAGAUGUGAAACAACUUCGUAGCCAUGGUGUUCUUGACAACUGUCUGGGUGAUGACGAAGAGGUGGCACUUAUGUUUAACAAACUGGGUCACGGAACAAUAAUUGAGGAUCAGCUCUACUAUGCUGAAAUGUGCAGCGAAGUGAACGCUCAUUGCAAGAGAUGGUGGAACAAAACAAAAGCUUCAUUGAAGCGUGAUUACUUCAAAAAUAUAUGGGUUACUGUUGCCACUAUGGCAGCUGCUUUUCUCCUCCUCCUCACUAUCACACAGACUGUCAUUGCCCUAAUUAUGAUUAUUAUUUCGCCCCCCUCCCGACGUUGAUCUGAUGUUGUUUGCUCAGGCCACCACCCUGUCAUCCACUAUUUUAUUUCAACAAACUAUUAUGCAUCUGCAUGUGAAACAGUUUCUAUGUUUGUAUUAAUGUGAGUGAGAGUGAAUGUGUUUUCAGAAUAAGUGUACUGUGUUAACGCAUGAGCUUAAAUAUUCAAUGUGUUAUCAUGGGAAUGUUUGAGAUUUCUUCUGCGUUCGGUUUAUAUGUGCCUAAGAUUUGUUAGAAUGAGCUAUGAUUUUACUUUCUAGGUCUGUUCCGUGUUAGAAUUAUUACCCCCAAAACUAUACCUCCAUAAUCAAUGCAACCCCUGUCCUUUUUAUAAUUUUAAUUU